UGCACUUAUUUUGAAACACACAGCACUAACUGGAGGUCAAAGUGUCUCAGAUGAACUCGACGCAGCUCCAAACAGUGUGGGAAAGACCAGAGCUGCAGCUCAACAAUGAAUGCUUCAAGUUUCAGGGACUGUCAGGCAUGGAGGGCAGAGGGUCUUGAAAUGUCCACCAGCAGUAAUGAGGCUUGCAAACUAUAUGACGCCAUACUCACACAGUAUGUGAAAUGGAGGAAUGACGAAACCGUGGGAGGAUUUGAAGGAUGCAUUUCUGCUAUCCGGGCAGCUGACCCCAACUUUGUUAUGGGCCAUGUGAUCAGUACAGGACUGGAGCUGGUAGCAACAACAAGCUCCUUGCGGCUGAAUGAGGAUCUGGCCAGUGCGGUGAGACGAACAGUGGAGCUGGCCAACAGCCAGGACAUCUCUCCCAGAGAGAGGCUCCAUGUCAAGGCUAUGGAGCUCUUCUCACAUGGAAAUUUUCCCAGGGCCUCUGAAGUAUGGGAAGACAUUCUGGUUGAUCACCCCACGGAUAUGCUGGCACUCAAGUUUUCCCAUGACGCCUAUUUCUACAUGGGAGCCCAAACCCACAUGAGGGACUCUGUGGCAAGGGUGCUGCCUCACUGGAAGCCACAUACACCUUUGUACAGAUACCUGAAAGGAAUGUAUUCCUUUGGUCUCCUGGAGACUCGCUACUAUGACCAGGCUGAGAAAGUAGCCAUGGAGGGCCUCACUCAGGCACCAGAUGACGCCUGGUCUGUCCACUCUGUAGCCCAUGUUUACGAGAUGAAGGCAGAGGUGGACAAAGGUUUGAAGUUUAUGGAGAGCAGAGAGAAAGACUGGCAGGUAUCUGAUGUCCUGGCCAGUCACAACUAUUGGCACUGGGCUCUAUACUUCAUCGAGAAGGGACAAUACGAAGCCGCUCUUCAGAUAUAUGAUUCUCAGAUAUUCAGACGUUGUAAAGCCUCAGGAUCCAUGUUGGACAUUGUAGAUGCCUGUUCAAUGCUCUGCAGACUGGAAAUGGAGGGUGUGUGCGUGAAGGAUCGUUGGCGGGAGCUGCUCCAGGUGACACAGCCGCACACCGACGAUCAUGUGACCUUAUUUAACGACUUCCACUUCCUCAUGGUGUCGCUGGGAGCUAAAGAGAGCGAGACUUCCCGGCGUCUGGUGGAAGGCCUCCAGGAAUUGGCCAAGGAGCCAGGGGACAAUCACCAACUUCAGCUGGCUGGGACCAUAGGUGUACCCAUGUGUCAGGCGAUGAUGGAGUAUGACCGGGGCAACUAUGGCGGAACUGUGGAGCUCCUGUACCCUUUACGCUACCGCAUAGUAGAAAUUGGUGGCAGUGAUGCUCAGAGGGAUCUCUUCAAUCAACUGCUUAUUCAUGCAGCCAUGAAAUCAGAGAAUAAGCACCACCAGAAACUGGGAAGAUGUCUUCUGGUGGAGCGUGAUGCUGUGAGGCCGAACUCCCCUCUGACUGAUCGUCUCAUGCAGAGAGCCCUGGCUCUUCAUGUCUAGAACGAUUGCAAAGUGCGCAGAGCAGCUUCUAGGCAAAACACAUCGAAGUAACAUCAUAAUCUGAUGUGUCGAUGUUUGACUUUAGGAGACUCGUUUACUAACCCCCAGGAAUUUUACUCUGUUUUCAAGACAACCCGCAAACCUUUUCAAACAGUCUAGUUUUCAAUGUAGAGCUCCGUACUUUAUUUUUUUUUUAGAUUGCUGACCAGUUAAGCUUUGUACAUGAACUAAUUUGCACAUAUCUCAAGGUUAUGGGCUAAUAUUAACCACAGGUUGCCAAUUUGCACUAU